GCCAUUGUGGAAAAUAUGAUCAAUUUUCUAGCCAUUCUAAAGACUACCCCUAUACUGACGAAGGCUAUGAAUGCUAAGGAGCAGCUUCACGUAGUCCACUCAUCUCUGAUCUCUCUCUCUCUGCUUAUUCUUCAAUUCAUGGCUACUCAAGGUCAAGUUAUUACCUGCAAAGCGGCGGUGGCAUGGGAACCAAACAAGCCAUUGGUGAUCGAGGAGGUGCAGGUGGCGCCGCCGAAAGCCGGAGAGGUCAGGGUCAAGAUCCUUUUUUCUGCUCUCUGCCAUACCGACGCCUACACCUGGAGUGGCAAGGAUCCCGAAGGUCUCUUUCCAUGUAUUCUUGGUCAUGAGGCUGCAGGAAUAGUGGAAAGUGUUGGAGAAGGUGUUACUGAUGUUCAACCAGGAGAUCAUGUCAUUCCUUGCUACCAGGCAGAAUGCAAGGAAUGCAAAUUUUGCAAGUCUGGAAAGACAAAUCUAUGUGGAAAAGUAAGGUUAGCUACUGGAGCUGGAGUUAUGUUCAGUGAUCGCAAGAGUCGUUUCUCAGUCAAUGGAAAACCUCUUUAUCAUUUCAUGGGAACAUCAACAUUUAGCCAAUAUACUGUUGUCCACAACGUCAGUGUUGCAAAGAUUGAUCCUAAAGCACCUUUGGAGAAAGUGUGUCUUCUUGGUUGUGGUGUUUCAACAGGCCUUGGAGCAGUUUGGAAUACAGCAAAGGUAGAACCAGGUUCAAUAGUUGCUGUUUUUGGCCUUGGCACCAUUGGACUUGCUGUGGCAGAGGGUGCAAAAGCUGCUGGUGCUUCCCGAGUAAUUGGAAUAGACAUUGACCGUAAAAAAUUUGAUACAGCAAAGAAUUUUGGUGUCACUGAAUUUGUCAACCCAAAAGACCAUGAGAAACCUAUACAGCAGGUUAUCGUGGAUAUGACAGAUGGUGGUGUCGAUUAUAGCUUCGAGUGCAUUGGGAAUGUCUCUAUAAUGAGGGCUGCUUUAGAGUGCUGCCAUAAAGGGUGGGGAACAUCAGUCAUCGUGGGUGUCGCAGCAUCUGGUCAAGAAAUCUCAACCCGCCCAUUUCAGCUGGUGACAGGUCGUGUCUGGAAGGGCACAGCUUUUGGUGGUUUCAAGAGCCGUUCUCAUGUCCCUUGGCUUGUCGACAAGUAUAUGAAGAAAGAAAUCAAGGUUGAUGAAUACAUCACUCACAAUUUGACUCUUGUGGACAUAAACAAAGCUUUUCAUCUGUUGCAUGGAGGAGACUGCCUCCGCGUGGUUCUGAAUAUGAAUGUUUGAUGUGAUUCGACUGGUAUGGAUGUGGGUGAAGAGGGGUUUGAUCCUGAAUAUCAUAUUGACUUGGAAAAUAAAAAGAUUUGUAUCGACUCAUAUUAUGCUAUCAGUAAUGAGUUUGCCUUCUAUUGGCGUCUCUAUUUCUGUGUGUCAUUGAAUUUGAAAAUCCUAUUAAGUGAUAUACUUGAUUGAUAAUAACUUCAUCCA